AUGGCCCCACGCACCCGUGCUGGGACUGCAUCCUCUGGGGGAGCCUCCACGUCAUCCCGUAGAGCGCGUACACCUCUACCCCGGCAGGAAUCUGAGAUUCCUGAACCCGCCGCUCACCUUGGCAUGGGCCCUCCAGCCGCCCUGCCACCGCCGCGGCCCCUACACUCCUAUGUCUACCAUGGAGAUAAAGGGAUCAAGGUUGGAGAUCCGCCGAAUUACAAGGGCAAGACGCUGUCUGAAUUCCACAGCUUCACGAGAGCCCUUGAACGGAAAUUCCGCCUUAACCUGAGCCAGUUUAAUACUCAUGAGGUACGAGUCAUAUACGCCGCGAGCCUCCUCGAAGGCACCACUGCAACUACAUGGGCGACCAAGGAAAGGGAGCUUGAGCGUAGCAAUGCUGCCAUGACAUGGGAAGAAUUCAAGAACUUCCUUCUGGACCAGAUUGAAGACCACCGUAACCGCGCCUUCACAGCGGCGCAGCGGUUCAACUCACUACGUCAACGAGACGACGAGAAUCCUUCCGAUUUCAAUGCAAGAUUCGAAGAAUAUUGGGAGGAACUGUCUGACGAUUUGAAUCUAUUGAAAACGCAGCUUUACCUCGCGAAGCUGACUCAUAAGGUGCGGACGACGAUAUCGCAAUAUCAAAGUCCGCCCACCAAUCGCACCGAGCUUGUCAACCUGGCUUCUCGAAUCUAUUUGAAUAAUCAACACCAUGAGAAGAAGGGGGACAAGACUCCCUCAAAGCAACCGACAACAGGAUCAAAACGGCGCCAUGACGGCUCCGGUGCGGAUGAUGCAAAGAAGAACUCAAAGCGUUCCAGUUCUUCACUUACUGCAAAGGAACGCCAAAAUAGACUGGAUAACAACCUUUGUUUUAACUGCGGAAUCUCAGGCCAUUUUGCCAGUGAUUGCCGUCCGCCGGGCCACGCAAAGUUUACAGAUGGAACAAAAUGCCACCGAUUCGGCAUCAUUCAAACAAAGUGUGAGGCCACGGACUCUGAAGGAACCUCCAAGGGGAGCAGUCUGCUCCUCCACGCUGUCAACAUCAUAGAUGAGGACGUCAUCCUAGGUCUCCCGUGGUUGAGAGAAAACAAUCCUCUCAUCGACUGGGUCACUCAGGCGUGGCGGUACCGCCUCACCGACGAAGAGGCAGCUAUAGAGGAACCCGAAGAGUUCCAUCGGAAGAAUCUCGAGGAUAAGAUUGAGUCGAUAUACUGUGUAGCAGGUGACUUGGACUUGGAGGCAGGCGGAGAAGCCGCCACCCUCACUGCCAGAUUAGCAGUGAUGUCUGCCACUGAAGGCGGACGAACGCAACGUCUCUUCACAGAUUACAAGGACGUUUUUUCAGAAAAGGAAGCAGCGAAGUUUCCUGAUACCAAAGUGCGACAUAAGAUCCAUCUUGAAGAGGGCGCGACAGCGCCGUACGGACCCCUUUACAAUUUGUCAGUAAAGGAAUUGGACGUUCUGCGCAAAUAUCUUGAAGAAGCGCAGUCAAAGAACUGGAUACGCCCAUCGAAGAGUCCAGCGGGGGCACCUAUACUAUUCGUGCCCAAGAAGGACGGUAGGCUGCGCCUCUGCGUAGACUACAGGGGCCUCAAUAAGGUGACGGUUAAGGAUCGCUAUCCACUACCAUUAAUUGAUGAGAUGAUCGAUCGAUUAUCCGGAGCAAGGGUGUUCUCGAAGAUUGGCAUACGGGACGCCUAUCAUAGAAUAAGGGUUAACGAAAACGACAUUUGGAAGACAGCUUUUCGUACCAAGUACGGCAAUUUUGAAUAUCUCGUUUUGCCUUUUGGUCUUUGCAACGCUCCGGCCACCUUCCAGGCCUACAUAAAUGAGGCGCUGCGGGGCCUUGUCGAUGUCUCCUGCAUAGUAUACUUGGACGACAUCCUAAUCUUCUCGAAAACGGAAAAAGAACAUGAUACCCACGUUCGGGAGGUGUUGGAUCGCUUGAAGCAACACCAGCUCUAUGCGAACACUGAGAAAUGCUCGUUCUACACACAGGAGAUUGAUUUCUUAGGUUAUAUUGUUGGGGUUGAUGGCAUUUCAAUGGACAGGAGCCGGGUCUCCGCCAUCGAGGACUGGCCGGCGCCGCGCACGUACCGCGAGGUGCAGGUAUUCCUAGGGUUCGCGAAUUUCUAUAGACGGUUCAUCUAUGCGUAUUCGCGGAUUGCUGCCCCCCUUACAGAUUUGUUAAAGGGAAGUGUUAAAGGCAGGAAAACGGGACCGUUUAUCCUUACCCAAGACGCUGUGAGGGCGUUUGAAGAAUUGAAGCAAGCUUUUGCAGAUGCCACGAUGUUAAAUCACUUCGACCCCGGCCUACCCAGUCAGUGUGAAACUGAUGCAUCUGGGAAUGGUGUCUGCGGAAUCUUUUCGCAGUUGACACCGGAGACUUUCCAACGUUGGAAGGAUCGGGGGUUAAUAACCUCUGGAGAUACAGGCAAUGGAAUGCCUGUAGGAGAAGGCUUUUUCACAGAACCUACAAGGCGCCGUGAAUGGAGACCAGUGGCCUUCUUCUCCAAGAAGCUAUCGCUCACGCAAAGAAGGUAUGAUACUCAUGAUCAAGAGAUGUUGGCAAUAGUUGAAUCCUUUAAGAUUUGGCGACACUACCUUCAAGGUUGCAAGUAUCCGGUGCAAGUUCUCACCGACCAUGCAAAUUUGCGUUACUUCUUGACAACAAAGAGCUUGACAGGACGUCAAGCCAGGUGGGCGGAGCUGCUUUCGGAGUAUGAUUUCUUUAUCCGAUACCGUCCAGGUCGGCUUAACCCCGCCGAUGCGCCAUCAAGGCGACCCGAUUAUGAUAUCAUUGAUGGGGAUGAGGAUCCUACAAAGGGACCUCUACCAUCACUGCAGAAGAAACUGGCUGCAGGGGGUUGGGGUUCUCUAAAGCUUGGGAACGGCGCCGGUAAGGCAGCUGCGCGACUCUAUACAGGUGGAGGAGAACUCGGGUCCUCGCAGGGGACUGGCACUGAAGGUCAUGAACUUCUCGUGCCACGUUUUGCUGCCAUUGAAUUGGCGGAAGACGAAACGGUCUACAACCUUCCAACUCAACGGCUUCUAGAAUUCAUUGUCUUUGUUCCUCGUAGCAGGGCGGUGCGCUCAGGGAGUUUAUUGAGGGAUUCAUCACGAAUGAUCCCUCAUGCUGGGCACUUCGGAUUAGAGAAGACUGAAGAGCUCCUGAGACUUAUUGUCGACCGCUUUACGAAGAUGGCCAAAUAUAUCCCUACCCACAAGAAGGUUAAAGCCCCUGAAUUGGCUGACCUGUUUCUAGAUGCCAUCAUUCGUGAUCACGGUUCUCCGAAAUCGUUAGUGUCAGACCGAGGAUCCCUUUUCACCAGUAAAUACUGGUCGGCCUUUUGCUAUCACCUUACGAUAAGGCGCUUCCUCAGCACCGCGUUCCAUCCUCAGACAGAUGGCCAGACUGAACGUCAGAAUCAGACAUUAGAACACCAUCUUCGGGCGUUCUGUUCAUAUCAUCAGAAUGACUGGCCUAGACACCUUCCGACCGCCGAAUUCGCAUAUAACAAUGCAAAGAAUGCAACCUUAAAAGUGUCCCCCUUUUAUGCUUGUUAUGGGUAUAAUCCUUCAUUACCUAGUGACGUCGCGGACGACGUCCUAAAGGGGGGGAUAGACAGUCGGAAUGUCGAACGGGAUCGUGGGACAGAGUACCCCUCGGUGCCAGAAGUAAAAGCUAGAUUGGAGCUUCUGGAUAGAAUCCACGGGGAGGCGGCGAAAAGCAUCCGCCGCGCCCAGGAGCGACAGGCGGAAUACUAUAAUCGAAAACACCUUCCAAUGAAGUUCUCAAUAGGGGAUCAAGUGUUACUUUCAGCAAAGAACAUCAAGACGACGAGACCGUGCAAGAAGCUCAGUGAGCGAUGGUUGGGACCUUUCCCGAUAAUAAGGGUAGUGGGUAAGCAGGCAUAUGAGUUGAAACUAACCUCAGGAUUCAAAUCUAUCCAUCCUGUCUUCCACAUUUCCUAUUUGGAACCCUAUAAGCAACGACCCGGGGCGGAGCCGCCUCGGCCGGAUGGCGUCGAGAUUGAGGGUAAUACCGAAUAUCUUGUAGAAGGAAUAUUGGACAAACGAAUGCACUACAACAAAGUUCAAUACCUUGUCAAAUGGGAAGGUUAUCCAUCAUCCGAGAACUCAUGGGAACCGCUUGAGCAUUUAGAGAAUGCCGAGGAAGAGAUCGCAAAAUAUGAGGUGGCUAGUAGAGACCGCCCCGCUGCACGUCAGAGGUGUGGUUAG